CUCGCGAGUCGUGUCGCGCGAUUUGAGAGCGAGCGAGUCAGCAACAUCGCGACCGGCGUCUAUAAAAGCCGAACCUCUCUCCAGAGACGGACAGUAUUGCUUGAUACUUGGUACAGUGCGCCGCGUCUUAACUACAAUCCCAAAUUAAAUAUGGUUGACUUCUACUAUCUGCCCGGCUCCUCGCCCUGCCGCUCCGUCAUCAUGACAGCCAAGGCUGUUGGUGUUGAGCUCAACAAGAAGCUGCUCAACCUGCAGGCCGGCGAGCACCUGAAGCCCGAGUUCUUGAAGAUCAACCCCCAGCACACCAUUCCCACCUUGGUGGACAACGGUUUCGCCCUGUGGGAAUCGCGCGCUAUUCUCGUCUACCUGGUGGAGAAGUACGGCAAGACCGACUCCCUGUACCCCAAGUGCCCCAAGAAGCGCGCUCUGAUCAACCAGCGCCUGUACUUCGACAUGGGCACUCUGUACCAGAGCUUUGCCAACUACUACUAUCCCCAGGUCUUCGCCAAGGCCCCUGCUGAUCCAGAGGCCUUCAAGAAGAUUGAGGCUGCCUUCGACUUCCUGAACACCUUCCUCGAGGGUCAGGAGUAUGCUGCUGGUGACUCGCUUACCGUUGCCGAUAUUGCUCUGGUUGCCUCCGUUUCUACCUUUGAGGUGGCUGGCUUCGAGAUCAGCAAGUACGCCAAUGUGAACAAGUGGUACGAGAACGCCAAGAAGGUCACUCCCGGCUGGGAUGAGAACUGGGCCGGUUGCCUGGAGUUCAAGAAAUACUUCGAAUAAGCGAUAUGAUAUUUAUUUCCAAUUUUUAUACAUUAAUUUAUUCUUUACCGUUGUGUGCUAAUUUGCUAGAUGCAAAUCAAAAUCCCCUAAUAUAAAUAAAAUGUAUUCACUUUUAUUGAAUACAACUCAAUAUAUGAA